CAGGGGCCUAUAUCACCGGCAGUAGCCCGUUCACUUCGAAUUUGUGAAACAAAGCUAAGCAGCAACAGCGAUGAGGCCAUCUACCGCUGCUCACAUUCUCACGGCCGCCGUCCUCUUGCUCGGCGGCGUGGGCGCGACACCGGAGACGACGUGCAGGGCGGCCGCGGGCGCCGACAGGAGCGUGGACUACCACUUCUGCGUGUCCAGGCUGAGCCAGCACCACGACAGCCCCGACGCCGACACGUGGGGCCUGGCCAAGGUGGCCGCCGACGUAGGCGUCCUCCUCGCCGGCAACGGCGUCUACGACAUCAAGCACAUGCUCGCCAAGAAAGCGGCUGGGGGCAAGGUUCGUGCGCCGCUGGAGCGGUGCGAGGCGCUCUACGGCAGGAUGGGGUCCGCGUUCGCAGAGGCCUACGACGGGAUCGACAGGCGCGACUACGCGGCGGGGAAAGACAAGGCACGCGAGGCCGCUCCUCUCAUGCGCCGGUGCGGCGAGGCCUUUGCCCGGGCCGGCGUCGUCCCGUCGCCGCUGGCGAGGCAGAGCGCGGACGCGGUGCAGAUGGCCAUCCUCUGCACAGCCAUCACCGGCCUCAUCAAGUGAACGAGCGAGCGGUGUUGCCUGUAAUGCUGCUUGCUCGAUCGGCCGACCGUCGUGUCAUGCAUGCACAUGCACCUACACCUACGCUUGCAUGUGCGUCAGGCUGAUGGUUGAUACUAAAACGUUCUUCAGUGAUGUAGCGAUCAUUCACUCCAGAAGAGAAUAAAAUGCUUUUGUAUCUCUUUGAUCUAAUUAAUGGAGUCGCUUGUUUCAUGAAA